AUGAAGCUCUCUCUUGCGGCAGUGCUGCUGGCCAUGUGCGUAGGCUCUGGCCUCAUCUCGGCCGCACCCGCAGGCACAUCGACGGUGUAUCUGCCUGGCCUUCUUACUCCAGUCAAGUACGGUACCGCGCGAGUCGAGACGCCCUUCACAUCCGUUUCCAAAGACACCUUUGUCAAACAAUCCGUAGUCUCUCUCUUCGUCCCCAUCAAGACCCCCACCGCACACCUUCCAGAGUGCGAUUACAUCAGCUACAUUCGUUAUAGGCACGCCGACGGGCCUACCGACCCGCUCAAAGCUGAUCGAGUAGAGACGUUCAUGCCCGGCACGCUUGCGGGAGCUUCGAGCGCUGAUCAACUCGCUCGCAAUGUCGUCUUUUAUGCCAAGGAGAAGCACAAUCUCAACGUCGAAUUUUGGGCCCUCGACCGUCGUGCCAACUGCCUGGACGAUCAGACUGGUGCGUUGCGCACUGCAUCAUUUGCAGCACGAUGCGCAUGCUGACGUGUAUUGCCGCCUGCCUUCUUUGCGCUUGCAGGUGUCUUUGCCGCCGUUCAGGGCAAGAACCUGAAGACGGGUUUCGACUAUUACUACAACAAAGCUGCCAUCGCUGGUCGCAAAUUUGCCGGCUUCUACAGCAACACGGAUGCCAACACUGCUAUUCUUGCCGAACUUGGCGUAGAGCAGACUUCCAGCGACUGGUACGAUGUCGUGACGCGCGAGUUGCCAGAUGCCAAUUACCGAGCCACCAAGCACUACGCUUCGGGUCACAGUCUCGGUGGACCAUUGACCGCUUUCUUCGCUGCCUAUGACCGCGAUGGGGAUGUCAAGACGACUGGCGAUGCAGGCUACAACCAAGCAGCAGGCUUCAUCGGCUACGACACGGUCGUCACUAUCAAAUUUGGACCUGCCAACAUUCCCGAAGGUCUAGCCAAGAUCAUUCAGCCCAUCAUCGACGCUGGUUUCGAAGUGGCUCAGGCAGGUUUCAGAUCUGGCAUCCUUCCUCGUUCGCUCUUGACCGCUUUGCCCGUCGUUCUCAACUCCGAAACCACCCAGCUGCUCAGCUUGGUCGGAGGUCGGGCAGUGGUGGCGCCCAAAGCUGAAGCCGACGUCAAGGGCUUGCCGCGCACACCGACCAUUACUUCUGCCGCUCAAUUCUUCUUCUCCAAAACCGUAGCUCAAUUCGCCACCUUUUUUCCAUCCGCUUUCAAUCUUCGCGCGACCAACGAAGCGCUGGUAGGAGCGAUUCUUUCUGACCGUAGCCAAGGUUUCGCCUUCCUCCAGGCUUCCGUCGGGUUCGGUACGGGAGGAAAGAUCGAAGAGAGGAGUUUCCCGGUCGGAGCUUCGCCAUUCGCUCUGCCGUCGAACGGAUCCCAAGCUGCUUCGGUGCUGCCACUCUCCAGUCCAUACCCGCUCGGCGUACCCUCCGACGCUGGUUUCCUAGGUCAAGGUAACGGACCGCUGUACGAGUGGCUCGACUACGAUCAGAUCAAAGAAGACGGCUCCAAUGUGGACAAGGCGAACAAUGGGCAGCCCUUUACCAAGGCCAAAUUUGAAGUCUCAUCCAUCUCUGACCUCUCUCGAUCUCUCUCCGAAGCACCUCUGGACUUCACCGAGCACUACUACGCAACGCGCACCACCACCGACGUCCUCUUUCAAAACCUCGGCUCGAAAAAUGUGAUGCCCAAGGCGCUGCAUCUGGACGGUUACACCAAACGACCCACUCUCAACGUCGUGGGCAGCGAAGGUCUCGCCGUCGGAGGUCAAUUCGGCGAUCUCGGAAAUCACGUCGUUUGCGACGGCUACAACCACCUCGAUGUUCUUCUCGCCAAUCGUAAACAGACCCUCGGUCGUCAAGAAAACUCUUCCAUCUACUCGGCAGACUUUAUCGCCAAAGUCGGUAGCGGUGUGAUUGCCUGA